AGCAGAAGCAGAUGACUGCUGAGUUCAGCGAUUGUUAACUCAACAACAAAAGUUCGUUACAAACUAUUUUGUUAAAAGCAGUGGCCAAAAUGGGCCCUUUUGGGAGGCAAGAUGUGCGAAUUUUGUUAUUAGGAGAAAGAGGUGUUGGGAAAACCUCACUCAUUUUGUCGUUAGUCAGUGAAGAGUUCCCAGAUGUUGUUCCCCCUCGUGCCGAAGAAAUCACUAUACCGGCCGAUGUCACGCCAGAGCAAGUACCAACACAUAUCGUCGAUUUCUCUGAAAGUGAACAAACAGAACAAGAUCUUGCCAGGGAAGUCCAGCGUGCUGAUGUAGUUUGCCUGGUAUAUGCUGUUGAUGACACCCAUUCUUUGCAACAAAUUACUGAAAGAUGGCUUCCAUUGCUUCAGUCAUUGAGGCCAGCUUCCAAAGAAGAUGGAGAAAGUCAAAGUGGGGAAAUUGUGUCUGCGAUUCCAAUAAUUUUGGUUGGAAACAAAUCUGAUUUGCUCGAGCAGGGAAACAUGGAAUCUGUUUUGCCAAUCAUGAACCACUAUGCAGAGAUCGAAACUUGUGUUGAGUGCUCAGCGCGAACUCUUCGCAACAUUUCAGAGAUGUUCUACUAUGCUCAAAAAGCUGUGCUUCAUCCAACUGCCCCAUUAUACAUCGCUGAAGAUCGAGAGUUAACGGAGAAAUGUAAGCGGGCUCUCCGACGAAUAUUUGCCAUUUGUGAUCGUGAUGGUGAUGGCUCCCUUAGUGACGCUGAGCUGAAUGCUUUUCAACAGCGAUGUUUUGGAACAUCACUGCAAAAUCGAGCUCUUGAAGAUGUACGUAACGUUGUACGUCGCCACACUAAUGACGGCGUAGGCUCCAACGGUCUUACACUUUCUGGGUUUCUGUUCCUUCAUCGUUUAUUUAUUCAACGAGGACGACAUGAAACCACUUGGACGGUGUUGAGAAAAUUCGGCUACGAUGAUUACUUAAACCUAAGUCGAGAUUAUUUACACCCACCAUUACGAGUUCCUCCAGGAUGCAACACGGAAUUCUCUGCUUCAGGUUGGGCAUUUCUUGUUCAGCUUUUUGAGCAGCAUGACAAGGACAAGGAUGGAGCUCUUAACACACAAGAACUGGCAUCUCUUUUUUCUCCUUGCUCAAUAAUGCCUUGGGGUCAAAAUCUAAAGUAUUCGGUACCUACCAACACCCAAGGCUGGCCAACUUUGAAAGGUUACAUGGCUCAAUGGAGCCUGAUGACAUACUUGGACGUCCGCCGGACGUGUGAGUUGUUGGCGUACCUGGGUUAUCACACCGCUGGCACGGACAAUCAGCUUUCAGCUAUAACUGUCACAAAAGCGCAACGCUCUGGAGGCAGCAAGAAGCGAAACACACGCACGGUUUUUAUGGGUCACGUCAUUGGGCCGCCUGGCGUGGGAAAGACAACUUUUUGCCAAGGAUUACUCGGCAGAACCAUCGACGAAAUUGACACUUCAAACUUGUGGUGUGAACUGCCCCGAUACGUCGCACGACAAUUGAGUGUCUAUGGACAGAGCAAGAUCCUCCUCCUUCAUGACGUCGAUGCUCUCGGAGCUGAUUCGCUCUCCCCUCAGCAAGUAAGUUGCGAUGUAGCAUGCUUGGUCUACGAUGCAACGGACGAGCACAGCUUCGAACACGUCGCCAGAUUGUACCUAAAGUACUUUGCCGAAACUUCGAUACCAGUCCUUAUCGUUGCUUCAAAAUGGGAAUCAGGCCCUGUGCGCCAGCAAUAUCUGCAGCAGCCCGAAACAUUUUGUCGCAAACAUAGAAUACCUCCACCUCACGGUUUUAGUGCUAAGGCGGGUCGACUACAAAGUGAUGUUUACAUCAAACUGGCGACCAUGUCAUCCUUUCCAUCGUGGAGACCAUCAAUGUUAAGUGGAAAUUCCAGCGCUAUUUGGAUUCGAGCAGUCGUGGGAUUAGCUGCCGCUACGGCUUUAGGUCUUAUUGUGGCGCGGACCAUUCGCCGUCUCAACAUCGGUUGAUUGACGUCUAUCUUCUCUCAAAGAAAGUCUAAAGAAGAAUUACCGCAUUCAUGGUGAUCAAGUUGGAGUGAAAAAAUUUUCGACCGAAAAUGAUUAGAUUCACAAAAAUAAUUCACAUAAGAAAUGAAUAACAUUAUUUGUUACUGAUGCGCAGCGUUCCAGUGUUGUGUAGUGGUAAAUAAGUCCAUGUUGUUGGCCACUAGAUGGCAAAUCUUAUUGGGAAAAAGUCAUUAAAUAAGAAUUAGAAUUCGUCAAAAGUGA